AUGAUUGGGCAAAUUCUAAACUUCGAGCCUCUCACCGGAAAGAACGCCACAAAAGAUCGGGUUUUAAGCGGGCUCAACUCAGUUUCGUUAGUGCACAUAGCAGCUCAUGGUCAUACAGAAACCGGAGAAAUCAUUUUGUCUCCUAAUUUUUCUAGUAGUGCCAAAAGACCUAAAGAGAAAGACUUUCUUUUGACGAUGGCAGAUGUGUUGGAUGCAAAAGUGCGCGCCAAGCUUGUUGUCUUAAGCUGCUGCAACAGUGGGCGAGGAAAAAUCAAAGUCGAAGGAGUGGUUGGUAUUGCACGUGCCUUUUUAGGAGCCGGUGCGCGUUCUGUUAUUGCCACACUGUGGGCGAUUGAUGACGAAGCCACUCUUGCGUUUAUGAAACCUUUUUACGAACAUUUAGUAGCAGGGCAAAGUGCAAGUAAGUCCCUUCAUCAGGCCAUGAAAUGGAUGAGGGAGUCGGAAAAAUUCAAUGCCGUGAAGCACUGGGCUCCAUUCGUGCUGAUCGGUGAUGACGUGACAUUGAAUUUCGGUCAAUGA